GUCGAAUCGAGAAGUGUCUACUGGCUUGCACUGUCAUGAUCAUCACUUGAUAUCAUCACUUAUGGACAUUAGUUGUUACAGAAUUUGAUUUAUUGAGAAUUUGAGAAUAAUAAGUGUUGACAAGUGUCACAUCUCUGUUUUGCGGAUGAUCUGUGUCGAUAUUGUCCCAGUCAAACGGCAAGCUAACUUUGAAGUGGCAAUUGAAGCUAGAAGCUAAGUCAGCUGCUAAUAUUAAUUCAAGCCUGGUGUAACUCAGACUCAACAGAGAAUGGCGUCAUCUUUCGUUGUUGGAGACCAAUUCAGGGAGAAGGUGAAAGAACUGUUGGAUACGGAGUCUCCAGUUCCCGCAGACUUGCUCGAAGAAUUGGAGCCCAUACUUGAUGGAGAGGGGGAGUCUAGUAUACGUUUUAAAACCGUCAGGAAACUCAACACCUACCUUCAAAAAAAUGGGCACCCAUCCUACCUUCACGAACUACUGGAAGACAGCAUGCUAUUCUUACCAGAGUACAAAAAGCCUCCACGGAAUCCUGAGUUGGUGGCUCGUCUGGAGAAGAUAAAAGCAAAGCUUGCUAAUGAAGAAUACAAUCGGAUGACAAGAAAUGUGAACACUCAAGAAAUUAGCCGUCAUGGAACAUUAGCAGACUUUGGGAAGCAAGUGCGGUCAGCAAAAACAGCAGUUCUGACUGUCUUCAACUUCCUGGUUACGGUGGUUGCAGCAUUCGCCUGCGCUUACAUCGGCAGCCAGUACAUCUUCACAGAAACAACAGCUCGUGUGAUUUCAGCAGUGAUCGCAGCCUCUGUUGUGGGUCUGGCAGAGCUGUAUGUUCUAGUACGGACGAUGGAGGGAGAUUUGGGAGAGCCAUGAUAUCCCUCAACCGUACUACAGUCUAGGACGUUUCAUUCCAACAGAAAUAUUUGCCUCUUUAUGGAACCUUAAAAGCAUCUGCUGUUUGAUGCUUUGAUGUUUCAAACUGAACAUUAAGAAUGAGGAAACUGUUAUAGCAACAAAUGAACUACUUGGACCAAAUUGUAAAUGAGUCUUUGUUUAUCUUAUUUAUUUUAUUGCCUUGUUGUUUGAUGUUUUUUUUCCCCAUUUACUGUUUUUUUGAAGAUUAUGUUAUUUAAGAUUUUGCAACCUUUAUCAAUUAAUGAUAAAUCAAAUUAAUUUAUCAAUAACAUUUUGCUUACUGUCUAUUGAACUACAAUCUUGAUUAUUUAUAUCCAUAACCUCUUGAAAUCCGUUGUCCGUAAUACAUGCUAAAGGUAUAUUUACUGAUAUGCACAAGGAAUGUACAAAAUGUGUGAUCAUCUUUCAAAAAUAAAUGUAAAUGUGUCUAAGAA